AGCGCAGCACUUCUCGCUCAUGCGCACUGGGCAUCCGGCUGUCCGCCGAAGCCCGCACUACAGAAGCCGGGUCUGCAGUCAUCUCCUGUGCUGUCCGCAGUCUCUGGUCAUCUCCUCUACUAUGUCUGCAGUCUCUGGUCAUCUCCUGUACUACGUCCGCAGUCUCUGGUCAUUCCCUGUACUGUGUCCGCAGUCUCUGGUCAUUCCCUGUACUAUGUCUGCAGUCUCUGGUCAUCUCCUGUACUGUGUCCGCAGUCUCUGGUCAUCUCCUGCACUAUGUCUGCAGUCUCUCGUCAUCUCCUGUACUAUGUCCGCAGUCUCUGGUCAUCUCCUGUACUAUGUCCGCAGUCUUUGGUCAUCUCCUGUACUAUGUCCGCAGUCUCUGGUCAUCUCC